GGUGCUUCACAACGCGAUAGUCGCGCAGCACUUUUGUUUUGCUACUCCUAACUGCUGAUUGGACACUCUCUUCCCUCGGCUGUUUCAAGUACUGUUCUCGACGAUGGCGCCAAUGCUUUCACACACGCCUCGGCGUGUGGUGGACAACUUCUACCAGAACAGCUUCAAGCAACUUAGCAUGGUCCAACAGAAGCAAGUGGGCUUGUUAGUCGGUGCCGCGGUGGCCGACGCGGCCGCUCGACCACUCAACGCCUACACACCCGAAGAGGUGGAAGCGUACCUUCAGCGUGUGCAGGAGGAGAGAAGGACAAGCGCGUUGUCCUCUGCUGAUGCUGGGACGACGGCUCCUUCCGAUACCGCUGAUGAGUCGCUGGCCUUUGCGCGUGUGCCUCCGCGUGGGACGGAAAUGGCACCCGUCACUGGUAGCGACGCCCUGUCCAGCUCCCUUGUUGCGUCGCACUCCCUGCAACAUCACUCCUUUUCGUAUUUACUAUUUUUUGAACUGCUUCGCGCCAUGAGCAGCGCCCGGGGCGACUUCCCUGUGACGUACGUGCAGGAGCAGCUGGUGCGUGUUGCCGGUGCCGUGCACCCAACACUCGUGUUUGAGCAAGAGCACGCUUCUCUGUUACACACCCUGUGUUGUCUGCUUCCGGCACCCGCCAUAUACCCCUACGCCAGCGAUGCGACGCUGCGGGCGUACCUAGACCCCUUCGUUGAGUUCCUCACUGAAUCCUCUGUAAAAGCAGCCGAUACCGCAACUCGCCCCGUGGCACCGGAAGACGCAACUCCAGAAGAUCCGGAAGGAAAAGAAGGCUCGCCUUGGGAGGCGGCAUCAGCGGAGCGCGCGGCGGUACGUGACUACGCCCUCUCCGCCCUCGGCGUCGUAAUGCGCAACCUGCAGAGCAACCCCAACUCCACUCGCAAUGCCGCCUUCAUGGCGGAGCGCGGUGCGACGGCCAUCUUCCCUCCAGACGUGCAGCCCUUUGUGCCGGCGUUUUCCAGCGACGUCACGGCGGACGUGCUCCGUAUGCAGAGACAGCAUAUGUGGGAUGUUCAGCGGCAACUUGCGUCUCGACAGGCUGCGUCUGCGGCGCAGCGGUGGUUGCCCGUGCGCCGCACCGUGAAAGACGCGGCGGUGGUGUGCGAAAGUCUGGCCAUCGCGCGCGCUCCGGUGAGCUUUGCGAAAGGAGUGGUGCAGGCAAUCCGACUUGGAGGACCGACAUGUCAGCGGGCAAUGCUGGUCGGUGCCUUGCUUGGUGCGAAGUUGGGCGUUCGUCAUGUACCGCUUGACUGGCUCAGCGCGACACCAGAUCACAAGCCGGUGGCGACGAUGGCGUUGGAGGUGGCCCAGUGGAGCUGGAACCCACCACAUCAUUAA